AUGAUUGAUGAGUAUAUGACUAUUAAUCUUUUUCAAAGCUUUAAUUUAUCAAUCUUAAUAAUUUUGGAAAACUUUUUGUUAUUAUGUUAGAUAGACUAAAUAAAAUAUUUAAGACAUUUUUUAAUUUAAUUGAAAAAUUCUAAAAUUUUAAUCUGUUAAAUUUAAUUAAUCAAUUUUCAAUCAUUUUUGAGUCGAAUUUUAAUAAUUAUUUAUUUAUUUUUUAUUUAUUUAUUUAUUUUAUUUUAUUUUAAUGCUUUUAAUAUCAAAUAUGAGCUUGGAGUUGAAGGUGCAAAGAGUAUGGGGAUUAAUCUGGAAAAAUGCCAAAAUAUAAGUUCUUUAAUCCUAAAUUUUGAAUAUAGCAAAAUUGAUGCAGAGACUGUUAAAGCUAUUGGAUAAAGUUUGGAAAAGUGUCAAAGCAUUACUCAUUUAGAUUUAAAUUUGAAAGUAAAUAAUUUAGGUGAAGAUGGUGCUUAAAAUAUAGGAAUUAGCUUAGAAAAAUGUUAUAAUAUUACUUUCUUAAAUCUUAAUCUAGAAAAAACUAAAAUAGGACCUGAAGGAGCAAAGUAUAUAGGAGAAAGCUUAAAAAAGUUACUAAAAUUGUCUUCAUUAAUAUUAAACUUGGAUUCUAAUAAUUUAGGUUUAGAAGGAGUUUAAAAUAUUGGAUUAAGCUUAGAAAAGUGUUAAAACCUUACUUCUUUGAGCUUAAAGAUAAAUGAUAAUAAAUAUGCUAAUGAAGGUUUAGAAUAAAUAGGAAAGAAUUUAUAAAACUGUCUAAAAUUAGCUUCUUUAAAUUUUUACAUAGGUUCAAUUUACUAUAAUCCAUAAAUAAUUCUCAUCCUAGCAAAAAAUUUGAGAAAGUGUGAAAGAAUAAUCUAAUUAAGACUCAAUUUAUAUUAAAUUGGUUUUCAUUAAUUGGAUGUAGGAAUAAGGAGAGAGUUUAUUAAUAAUUUAAAGAAGAUGAAAAGAUUGAUUUUAAUAUCUAAAUAUCUAGUAUGA